UGAUGGGAAGAAGAGAUUUCCCUAAAAAAAGCGGAAAGAAAAGAAAAAAAGAGAAGGUGCGGUAGGAAAGACGCGGGAAUAUGGCGGACUGUUGGUUGGGCCCAUGUACCUCUCGCUUUCCCUCUCUGCUUCUCACUCUCAGUUUCCCCCAAUUUCCUUGGAGAUCUCAUUCCAUGUCUACCCUUCGCUCCCAAAACCCUAAACAUUUCCGUUGCUACUCCUUCUCCUCCAUCCCUAACCCUAGCCCUGUCAUGCCCUCCUUGCUCGUCUUCUCAGGUGGGACUGCGUUCAACGGCGUCGUUGAGGAGCUCAAGAAUUUCACUACUCGCGUAGCUCACGUCCUUCCUGUUUCCGACGAUGGAGGAAGUACGGCUGAGAUUGUUCGCGUUCUCGGUGGUCCUGCUGUUGGAGAUAUACGGUCCAGAUGUUUGAGAUUGGCUGAUAAGAGCUCUUCUGAGGCUGUGGCAGUCCGGAGAUUGCUUGGUCACCGUUUACCUCUUGAUUCGCGUCAAGCCAAAUCUGAAUGGUAUGAUAUUGUGGAAGGAGAAAAUUCGCUAUGGACGGGAGUAUCAAAACCCUACAGGGAAACCAUUCGAGCUUUUCUAGUUUAUUUUCAGAAUCAGAUUCUCCGGCGAUCUGAUGAAUCAUUUUGCUUCAGUAAUGGCAGCAUUGGUAAUUUCUUCUUCGCAGGAGCACGCACAUUUUUUCAGUCCUUAGAUGCUGCAAUAUUUUUGUUUUCUCGUGUGUCAGAUAUCCCCUCAGAGAGUCUGGUCCUCCCAGUGAUUUCUACUAACGACAGGCUUACAUUAGGAUGUGAAUUAUGGGAUGGAACUAUAAUACGAGGCCAGAACGAAAUUUCUCAUCCAACCAAGGGAUAUAUGGACCCUGUCAAUAAGGAAAGCUCUUCAUUUCCAGCACUUCCUUCGAGAAUAAAGCGGGUAUUCUACAUGUCAAGUGAGGGCCAAAACUUGCUGCAUGAGGUCUUCCCUGCUGCAAACCCAUCUGUCUUGGAUCAGUUACGUAAUGUGGAUUGCGUAGUUUAUGCUAUGGGAUCCCUCUUUACUUCUAUUUGCCCAUCACUGGUAUUAAUUGGCGUUGGGGAGAUUAUAUCUUCAAGGUCCUGCCCCAAGGUGCUUCUGUUAAAUGGUACCCGUGACCGAGAGACAAGUGGCUUUUCAGCUUCUUGCUUUGUAACUGCUAUCACAGAUGCAUUAAAUCGAACAUAUGGAAAUCCUCAUAACUGUCUUGCAAACCUUCCCAGCCAAUACAUCAAUACCGUAUUAGUGCCCAAAGGUGGUGAGAUUCCUAUAGAUGUUCAACGCUUGGCUGCCCAAGGAAUCUUUAAUGUGAUCGUUGUUGAUUCUAUACAUGAUCCAAAAGCUGGUGUAGUAUUUGACCCGAAGUCGUUAAUACAAGCCCUUGUUGACGUGAUAGGCAGAUACACAAGUACAAAUCUUACAGCGGUAGUCUAAUGACAGUUAAAAAAGGAGCAAGCAUGGUGAUUUUCAUGUGGCUGUUCAUUAGUUUCAUUAUUCAUGAGGAACACUUUCUGGCUUAUUUUGACUGUGAGGUGAUCUUCAGUUCAAGGAUGUAGAUGGGAAGUUGUUGGUGUUAUUUGAAGGUUGAAACCCUACUUCAAUUGAAUUGCAGCAAGUUUAUAUGCCCACUCAGAAUCAGAGACGGUGACACCUCUCGCAAGGUGCUUUCCAGUUAUGUACAGAAUUGACUUAGAUAGUCGUGACCUUAAAAAAAAAUUAAUAUUGAAAUGUCAGUGUCACUGCAUUUUUGGGCAUGGAACUUGAUUAUGUAUUCAAUGAUUUGUGUAUAUAUAUAUAUAUACAUGUCAUUUGUACGUCAA